AUGCCUCGUUUCUGUGGAAAAACUGUAAUUAUCACUGGAUCCUCCAACGGAAUCGGCCGUUCUGCUGCUCUUUUGUUUGCUCAAGAAGGAGCAAAUGUGACAAUUACUGGAAGAAAUUCUGAUCGUCUGGAGGAGACAAGACAACUUCUUCUGAAAUCUGGAGUGUCGGAGAAAAAUAUAAACUCUGUCGUCGCUGAUGUGACUACCGCGAGUGGUCAAGAUCAGUUAAUCAAUACUACGUUGGCAAAGUUUGCCAAGAUUGAUAUUCUUAUCAAUAACGCCGGCGCUUCUAUUCCAGAUGCCACAGGAGCAACUGGAAUCGAUCAAGGCAUUGAUAUUUAUCAAAAGACUUUACAGUUGAAUCUUCAAUCUGUAAUUGAAAUGACAAAGAAAGUAAAGCCUCAUUUGAUCGAGACUAAGGGAGAAAUUGUGAACAUUUCUAGUAUAGCUGGAGGAUCCCAUGCCCAACCCGAUUUUAUUUACUAUUCCUGUGCAAAAUCAGCUCUUGAUCAAUUCACUAGAAGCUCUGCAAUUGAUCUCAUCAAAUAUGGUAUCAGAGUCAAUUCAGUUAGUCCAGGAGUUGUUGCAACUGGAUUCAUUGGAGCAGCAGGACUGGAUAACGAGGCAGCUAAAAAGUUCUACAAACAUAUGGCUGCUCACAAGGAAUGUAUUCCUGCUGGAGUAGCUGGAAAACCAGAAGAUAUUGCUAAUAUCAUUCUGUUCCUUGCUGAUCGGAAGCUCUCUUCCUACAUCAUUGGGCAAUCUAUUGUUGCCGAUGGCGGUUCCACUUUGAUGAUGGCGAUGCAAUUCGGAGAUGCAAUGUGA